AUGUCACAACUUGAUGUUAGUUCAUUGAUGGUUGUUGUUGAAUAUUUCAAUGAACUUAAAGCGUUGAAAGAAUUUAUUUUAAUCAAUAAAAAAUGUCAAGAUGUAUUGUUAUCAUUUAAAGUUAAUCCUGAAAUCCAUCAACAUAUAUCAACUGAACUACUUCGUUUCUUUCCUCAUAUACAAACACUUUCUUGUUCAUUUGAAGAUUACCAACAAUGUCAAAUCAUAUCUGAGUAUGAUUUGUACAGGUUUAGAAUUGAACGAAUUCCAUUUGAAAAGAUUUUACCAUUUUAUAACAAAGUGGCGAUAUUAAAAAUUGGUGUUUACAAUGGAACUUCACCUAUUCUUCCAACUCAGUUUAAUACAAAAAAUUGGACAUCAUUACAAUCACUUGAAAUUAAUGCAAAUUCGCAAAUUGAAACAUUAGAGUAUCCAGAAACACUUACUCGAUUAAAAUUUGCUGAAUGCAAAAAUUUAAAAAGUAUAAUAGGGUCUAAUCAACUUAAAAUGCUACGACUAUAUGAUUGUAAGUCUAUUUCAAUGAUACCUAAUGUAUUUCUCACUCGUUUAGAACUUAUGAAAUGUGGUUCAUUUAAAUUUAUUGAUGCAACUCCUUACAUAGAUUUAAGACAUAUUAUUAUUAGUGAAUGUUCUUCUCUUUUAGAACUUUCUAUUCCUAAUUCAGUAUCAACAUUAGAAUUAGAUGGAUGUACAUCAUUACAACGAUUAGAACUUUCAUCGAAUCUAUCAAAAAUCAAUUUUUAUUAUUGUAACAGAAUUAGGUCGUUUAAAAUUCCUACAAAAAUAACAUCUCUACGUCUAAGUGAUUUUGAAUUAUUGUCAAAAAUUGAGGGUAUUGAAUUAUGUAAGAAUAUCCAAGAAGUCAAAUUAGUGAAUUGUAAUCAAUUAAUAAAUUUCAAUAUUCCAUUAACACUUAGUACUCUUGAAUUAAAAAAUUCAUUGUCAUAUUAUAAGAGGCUAGACCUUUCUUGUGUUAAUAAUCUUUUAUCAGCUUCUUUUAUUGACUGUUUAACUCUUGAAGAAAUUAAUUUCCCAAUGCAUUUUUCUAAUUUAUUCAUCGAUCAUUGUGAAUCAUUAACAACUCUUCUUUUACCAUCUUCAUUGACUAAAGUAAAUAUUACAAAGUGUGGGUUAUUACAGACUAUUAAAACGAAAGCAAUGUGUGAAUUAAUUGUUCAACAAUGUAACAUUUUAUUUAAAUUAGAAACACCAAAUAUAAUAAAAUGUUUAUAUUAUAAUUGUCCAUUGUUAUCUGUUGACCAACUCAAUACAAAUAAGAACAACAGAGUUAUUAAGUUAUCCUCACUUUACUUCUAA